AUGGACAACAUCUCCUCCUUCUCCUCUUUCUCUCUCAUAGCUCUGAAUGACACCAGCAGGUCCAGUAGGAUCACUGCAUUCUCUUUUGCCCUCCCAGGCUAUUUAGUGACCAUUUUUGUGAACGCAGCCUUGAUUUGCAUAAUUGUUCUGGAGAAAGUUCUCCACCAGCCUAUGUAUAUUUUUUUGUGCAAUUUAUGUAUAAAUGGAUCAUAUGGAGCCACAGGAUUUUAUCCACCCCUGCUGUAUUAUUUACUAAAUGAAACCAAUGUAAUCUCUCUGAAAGAAUGUACCAUCCAAAGCUUUGCCAUUUUCACCUAUGCAAUAGGUGAGUUUACUAAUCUGUGCAUAAUGGCGUUCGAUAGAUACUUAGCAAUCUGCAGACCUCUGUACUACCAUACUGUCAUGACAACCAUCACUGUUUGGAGGCUGCUGACUUUCAUUUGGAUGUUUCCCUGCUGCACUGCAAUACUGAUAAUACUGAUGACGCUCCGGUUUUCCAUUUGCAUGAAUCAGAUAAACAAACUGUACUGUGAAAACUGGGUCUUGGAGAGACUUGCCUGCGGGGUGGACACUGCUCAGUUUGUGGUUAAUGGAAUAUUAACAUGUGCUAUUAAUGCUCUGGUGUGGUUUGUGUUUUUGUCUUAUAUAAAAAUACUGAUCGCUUGUAAGCGCUCUGUUCAAAGCAACAAGAAGUUUAUAGCCACAUGUCUGCCACAUUUGGUAGCCUUUUUGAAUUAUGUGGUCUGGUCUCUUUUUAAUACUCUAUAUGAGCUGUUUGGAACUGGCAGUCUACCUCAGGGUUUUAAACAUUUCUUGUCAGUUUCUUUUUUGAUCAUUCCACCUCUGGUUAAUCCUAUAAUAUAUGGAAUUAUACUAACUCCUAUUAGGACUAAAGUAAAAAAUGUAUUCCAAAUAGAAGUAGCAGCCGGUGUCACAGUACAGAAGGAGACCAAGGACGAAGAGGUAAAGCUGGAGGCUCAGAACGUGGUUGUACCUGUUGCUUCCUCAAAAGCUGGAGACUCAGGACUUGGACAGAGAGUCAGAACGAGUGUAUCUGCUAGUGUCUCACUGGACGUGCCGGAGACUCGUAUCUGUUACAGUCCCUUCCUUGACAGGACUGAGACUCAGAAUGGUGUCUUGUCUCUGGAUGAAAGACUCAAAAUUAAAUACCUGUUGCUGCCUUCCCUGUAA